CGUACAACCCUUUUAUUUAACCAGUAUAAAUAACUGCACUGAAAGUGAAGCUGUGGGGUUGUAUGUUACUGAAAAAGGUGACCCCGAAGAAAUCAACCAGCAAAAUAGUUAUAUGUAUUGUCGUGAGGUCCCUAUACGGUUAAAGCCGGUGAAGAAAAAGAGAGAAAACGACAGCGGAAAAUUGUGUUAAUUCAAACACCAACGUCGGCAUACACACUACUUACAACAACUCACUUGUAGGGGUCCCUCUGCUACUGUUGCCGAAGUGUUCUGAAGAAUCAAUCUCGGGUCUACAUAUUCAGAAGGUGAUCGCUCCUCAACAUCGCGCAGCAGCUGUACACAAGUGAUGCACGCGGGGAAAUGCUCGCAAUGACGACCAGACUGCUAAUAUUAUCACUGCUUUUGAUAGGCGUUCAUUCGAGCUAUGGACUGGCACCGUCAACGUUCGGCGAUGCUCUGGCCAGUGCCGGUGAGCUGUCCAACAAAUUAAAGGAAACACGAGCAUGGAAAACGUUCGCCGGCAUCGCACGCGAGUCGGAUUCGCUGAACUCUCUGGUGCGAAUCAUUCCACGCACUACGAUGGGAUUCGUUCAGGAAGUGGUCAACUCGUUUCGGCAACGGGGACCACGUGCCAUAGUGCUGACACGGAUGGGAGCUCUCGAAGGUCUGGUGCAGAAAGUUAAAGGCGGUGGUCGGGGGGAAUUUUUCGCCUUCAAAGGUAUCCGAUACGGACAACCUCCGGUGGGUAAACUGCGCUUCAAGGCUCCGCUCCCUGCUCAGCCAUGGAAGGGUAUCAAGAAUGCAUUGCGGGAAGCAUCCGUUUGUCCGCAUAGGAGCAUGAUCUUGGACAACUUCAAAGGAAACGAAGAUUGUCUGUUUCUGAACGUGUACUCACCUGAUCUACCCGUUGGCGAUUACAAUCCAAACUUCCCGGUGAUGGUGUGGUUACAUGGCGGAGCCUUCUCGUUCGGCUCAGGAAACUCAUUCCUGUACGGUCCCGAUUACCUGGUUCCAGAGGGGGUCGUACUGGUGACAAUCAACUACCGCUUGGGCCCACUUGGGUUUUUGAGUGUGGGGAGGGACGCUUCUGGAAACGCUGGUGUCAAAGAUCAGAUAUUGGCGCUGAAAUGGGUACGCGACAACAUUGUUGCAUUCGGAGGUAAUCCUAAGGACAUUACGAUUUUUGGACAAUCGGCAGGUUCGGUUUCCGUACACCUGCUGAUGAUGUCUCCACUGGCGAAAGGAUUAUUUCACAAGGCAAUCGCGCAAAGUGGGUCAGCGUUGAAUCCUUGGGCGAUUGCACGAAACCCUAAGGAACGAGGGUUCCUUCUUGGUGAAAAACUUGGCUGCUUCACUAAUAACACUGAUGAGCUGCUGAGUUAUUUGCGCAACGCUACACCACAGAAGAUUGUCAAUGCAGCCUCACAGACGAUUACGCAAGACGACGUAAAGAGAAGUAUCGGGCUGCCGUUUGUUCCGUCAGUAGAGAACUGGACUGGAAGCGAUGCUUCCGAUGAGGAACCACUGAUAGCCGAAGAUCCGAUUGACAUAAUGAAACGUGGAAAUUAUAACACUGUUCCACUGAUCACUGGUUUUAAUUCUCAUGAAGCUAUGCUGUUUUUAAGGCGAUUGCGAAAGGAUCCAAGUCUGCUGCAGAGUAUUGACGGUGACUUCCAACGAAUGCUUCCACUAAAUCUAAACGUGCAGCGAGAUACAGAGAAGGGAGAACUUGUAGCACAGGAUAUCCGAGAGUUCUAUCUGGGUGAUCAGCAUAUAACAAACUCUUCAAUUCAGAACAUGAUGGAUAUGAUGUCCGACAUCAUGUUCCUGCAUGGUAUCACAGAUUUAGCGCGGUUGAAUGCCGCAGCAUCCGGCAGCGAUUCAACCUGGCUUUAUCGAUUCGCGUAUGAUGGGUCUUUAGGUAUCUACAAGCGGAUAUUGGGCAUCGAUUGGCCUGGUGCUUGUCAUGGCGACGAGCUGGGUUAUAUGUUCCGGUUCGGUGUGCUAAAUAUUCGGCUCGACAAUUCAUCGACAGAGCUGCAAACCAUGAAAAAGAUGACUCGGUUAUGGACCAACUUCGCCAAAUAUGGCAACCCAACCCCGUACGGUGAGGAAGACGCACUAAACGGCACACGUUGGCCCUCCGUUAUACCGCACACAAUGGAUGAGCUGCCUUACCUGGAGAUCACGUCCACGUUGGCGGCACGCAUCAAUCCCGAAGCGGAAAGGCUUCGCUUCUGGGAUGAAACCUUCGCAAAGUACAACGGUGGGCUAUUUUAGCGUUCCCAGUAGACCAAGUGCGAUAGUAGAGUACCUAAGGAUCUAUACCUACCAUGUUAAGUAGUAGCUCGAAACCUUUCGGAUCGAGUUCUGUUGAACUGCUUUUAGUAGCGGCACCGGCUGUCCGUUGAAGGUCUCUUGAUUAUUAAGGGAACCUGCACAGCUUAAAGUACGCUUUCUAUUGUUACUUAGUUUGAAACCUAUGUCAGAUACAGUCACUCCACAAUUAUGAAAAAAGUUAAGCUGAACUAAUUAAACAAUCGUGAAAUAACGAGGGCCGGACAAAAUUCUAAAAUGUCCGGUGGAAAUACUUUUCGAAAACAUUUCGACUUCUACAGGUAGAAAAGAACGCACAGAACAAAACUGAGUGAUCUAAUGGAAGAUAAUUUGUAAGCCAUCAUAACUGCCAUUUUUUCAUAAAUGUGAAGUGACUGUAGUAGCCCCAUUGUGCUUCUAAAAUAACGUUAUGUUUAAAAAGCAUAGUUUUAGGCGUAAUCGAAUUUGACUGACUGACUGACGAAUUCUUAUAAGUAUUCUAUAGAAUACACGAAGUUUAAUAUAUGUUGUACAAUAAAUAA